AAUAAAUCCUUGAUUUGCUACACCUGUCUUACACUCGCUUAAGACCAAGUCACUCGCUUUUCAUCAAGAUGCGCACCACUCCUCUAUCUCUGGGGGCCCUCCUCCUGGGCCUCGCCAGUGCCUGGGAGUAUCCCGACUGCGACCCUGACAACUGCUACCGGGAGAUGACCAAUGACCGCUUCUAUGGUGAGGCCCAAGAGUUCUGCCCCCAGUUCCUGGCUGGCACCACCACCGCACCCGAGGCCAUCCCCACCAACUUCGAGAACUGUGAGCAAGAUGUCAACCGCGUGAGCUCUGCUUGCUCUUGCAUCACCUACACUGCCACCUACACGCCCGGCACCACCACCGGCUAUCCCACUGAGACUCAGACCGGUUACCCUACCGAGACGGAGACCGGUUACCCUACCGGGACUGAGACGGAAACUGGUUACCCUACCGGGACUGAGACGGAAACUGGUUACCCUACCGGGACUGAGACUGAAACCGGUUACCCUACCGGGACCGAGACGGAGACUGGUUAUCCUACUGAGACCGAGAGUGGUUGCCCCCCCGAGACCGAGACUGAGACUGGUUACCCCACGGAGACUGAGACUGGUUACCCCACGGGAACCGAGACUGUG